AUGAAAGCGACUUCGUUCGGUUGGAUUGUUGUUUUGCUAUGGGCUACUGUUCAGAGUCAACCAGGCGCAAUGUAAGCAUUUUAAUAGUCCAUUUGCAAAGUCGCUGAAGUGAUUUUCGCGACAUUCACUGUGCGAGAACAAAAGUUUACUUUGCACCGUGCAAUCGGCUUUUUUAGGCUGUCGCUCGUUUCUGCACAGUGCACGUUACCGAAGUCACUCCAGUGACUUUAGAAGGGACUAAUAUUUGAGGAAGUAACGGACGGACCAAAAAGCCCAAGUCUUCGCACGGUGUGGUCAGUGUCGCGAAGUGGUGUUGCGCGACGACAAACAAUCAGCACAGUGCGUGCUAAAAGCGCGUUGUGCAGAUUCAUUUGCGCGACAAACACUUUGAUCGUCCUUUUCGAACAAAUUAUGUGCGUAGUCACCGGAUUUUUUGGCCCGCCUAGUUCAAUUAUCAGUCUGUCGGGAAAAUAGUGAGCGUCUGUCGCAUCGAAAAUGGCAUCGCCGCCGAGAAAAUUAAUUGUGUCGAAAAACAAAUUGCUUUUCACUUCAGCGAUUGGCGCAGCGACAGAGCACUCACCAUUUUCCCGACAGAUUGAUACCUAAUUAUUCACUUUACAGUUCCGAUGAAAAAAUCGACAAAGUUCGAGACGUUUUGAUGAAGUUUAAAGGAGAAUGUAAGUUGCAUUUUCAACUCCAUAAAUGUAAGCAUCCUUAUAACUGGACCCGUUUCCCGCCCUUCAAUUCUACGGUACUUUGCUAUUCUUUUAUAGUUUUUUAUGACCGUACAUCCACCGCUUGAAUUUCAGACCUCAACCGUUGGAACUUCUUAUCCCGCGCUUGGGACCACUGCAGAAGGGUCUCAAAAUACGAAGAGGCGAGGCACGUCAAGAAAUUGCGGGCAUUGCAAAGGUUCUCACAGCGAAAAAAAAUUCAUAAAACCUGUCAUCCAAAUUGCACAUAACAAUAAUUUUUAACCUAAUUUUUUUAUGGGAACUCUAGGGAGUACUACUAGUCGUAUACAACUGUUUUUUAUACCGCUGGUACAUUCUAAAUGGGUGUCAUCGUGACGCAUUUUCUGAACAUGGUUCGAGCUAGGCUAAAAAUAGUGCAAAUUUCAAGGCCAACUAUCAAAAAAACUGUCCCAUCAAGCGGGACGGGACCGGUGUAGAUACUCGAAGAACAGUUUAAGGAUUUUUUUGACGUGGAGCCUAUACCUCCUUCCAGUGCUCUCUGACUCGGUAUCGUCGAUACAAACUUUUAUUUAGACGUUGUAUUCUUCGCCAUGGAAAACUGUCAAAAUACUACGAUUAUGGGUAUAUUUUGGUUCUAUUAGCUUAAGCAGCCCUCGAGCUUUCUAUUGGUAUCAAUAUCUUGUGAUUUACUAUUAAUCUUUAUGUCAAAAUAUUGCAAACCAUUUGGACAAAAACGGAUUUGCACAGGGCAGAAUGCCAAAAAAAAAUCUAGGCUUUUUCAUUGGGCGCCCGUUUUUCUUUUAUUUUUUCUUGACGUGCGAGGACAAAGGUAGAAAAUGAGAUUGCCAAGAUCAAGAAGUCUGGGGAUGACUUUUGCCGGUAAGUAUUCUUUCUCAGAAAAUAUGUAACAAAGAAUGGGUCAAAAUUCUUCGAUAAUUUUUGAGCCAAGAUAAACCUUUGUACAGCGAAACUCUUGUAUAAACGAAUAAAUUGGUUGAUCCCUUGAAACUCGCUGUUCAAAGGCUUGACUGCAUAAAAUAGCUGUUAAAAUUCCGUUUCAGCAUAAUGGACCUGCACCGAGACUUUGCCUGCGAACGUCUCCAAGUAUACACUUGCCGACGUUUCACCCGCUACUUUCUAUACGAAUACACUUCCAAAUAUUUGGACCAAAUGCAACGGAGUGGCAUCAAUGAAGUCCAGCAAUGUCAAACUUUUGAAAAUGCGAUAAACCAGGAGCUGUUUGAGCACAAUCUGAGAGUGGGUGGAGUGUACGUGGGGAUUUAUACAGGCGAAGUAGUUUCACAUGAGAUCGAAUUUUUGCAAUUCCCGGAACGGUUCUGCAAGAAUGGUCAAGAUGUCACCAAGGCUGCUAUUGAUCGCUAUGAGAGUGAAUAA